GGCGGGCUCCGGGGGCUAAGGCUGCCCGGUGGGUACCGAGGAUGUCACGUGGGUACCGUACCGGGAGGUGCAGCCGUUCCCCGGGCCGGGGUUGCAGCCCUGUCCCGGCGCCGCGGGAUUCGGGGGGAGCGAGGCCGGGCGCGGCGGUACCGGGGCUGAGGCGCGGGGAUGCUCCGGGAGCGGGGGUGUGGGCUGGGCACGGCGCGGCCGCCCCCGCACGCACCGCCGCGCUGCGGCAGCGUGGGCUCCGCAUGGCAACGGCGGCGGGACGGCCGGGCACGGCGCUGCGCGGCUCCGGGAGUGCAUCCUGCAGACCCAGGACAGCACAGGCCAGUCUCACUGUCAGCCCUCUGCCUUCCCUGGGGAAAGCACCGCUCCUCCUUCUGGGCUCGGACCUGAGGGUAUUGUGCUUCUGCCUCUCACAGAGGCUGAGCACAGGUCCUGGAGGUGCCAUGCCCGCCCCGUGAUGCCACCUGGCACAGCUGCCCCGUGAUGCAGCCCUGAUCCCACCACCCUCAGAGGUAACACAGGAGCACGUGGUAACAGAACCUGCCUCACAGCUGCCGCCUUGUUUGCAUUGGCGGAGUGUGAGGAGGCUGUGCUCACAGGCAGUACAAAGGCGCUGGGACAUACAAGGUAGGAGGGACACGGAAUGGCCCUGAACGUGGCCCUGAUGGGGACCAGGGUGGCGGGAGGGGUGUCCCUGUGUCCCUUUUCUCUACGUGCCCUGUGCUUAGGUUCUCUCUGUGGCUGCCCAGCCUGGGUGCUGUGGCAUGGGCAGACCACUCGUGUGUGCCCACAGCGAUGGCCUUCCAGAGGAGCCACAAGCUGAACCUGCUGCGCAUUGCCGUGCUGCUCCUCGUGGCCUUGGCCGGCAUCAAGUUCCUCUUCCGUGACAGCUUAACCCUGCAGCUGCACAAGCACAUCAGCAAGGACAGUGUGUUCUGGGGGGAUGUGGGGGACUCCGGCCCCCAAAGCCAGGCUGUGGAAGUCCACCCCGCAAAGAUCACGGCCCCAAGGCAGGGACCUAAGCAGCAGUUCCCCAAGGACCUCAGUGCCACCGAGAUGAGGCUCAUUCACCUGGACCUGAAGGGAGCUGCUCCCAGGGUCUCCUACCUGGAGCAGCUGUUCCCACUCCUGUCCCGGCUGGGAGCCAAUGGGAUCCUGAUCGAGUACGAGGAUAUGUUCCCCUUCAAGGGGGAGCUGGAGGUCCUCAAGUCCCCCUACGCUUACAGUGAGGAGGACAUUGAGUGGAUCCAGCAGCUGGCGGAGCUCCACAAGCUGGAGGUGGUUCCCCUGGUGCAGACCUUCGGGCAUGUGGAGUUCAUCCUCAAACAUGCCAAGUACCAGCACCUGCGGGAGGUGGAGCGCUUCCCCAACAGCUUCAACCCUCAUGUCCCGGACACCCUGGCGUUGCUCAAGGUCAUCCUAUCACAGGUGAUGGAGAAGCACAGGCGCUCCUCCUGGAUCCACAUUGGUGCAGAUGAGGUCUUCCACCUCGGGGAGGGCAAGGACUCCAGGAACUGGAUGAGCCGCAACAAGGGCGACACGGGGACCAUGUACCUGAACCACAUCAAGGAGGUCCUGGACUUCAUCUCCACGCAGUACCGGGGACUGCGGGUGCUCAUGUGGGACGACAUGCUGAGGAAGAUCAGCGUGGGAGCCCUGCAGGAGUCCGGGAUAGCAAAACAUGUCUCACCCGUGGUGUGGUUCUACGCACCUGACUUUGACACCGAGCAGAUUGGUCAGUUCAUUGCCAAGUACGUGGAGAGCGGCUUCGAGGCUGUGUGGUUUGCCAGCGCCUUCAAGGGCACCACGGGCCCGACGCAGAACUGGCCACCCCUCAGCUCCCACCUGAAGAACCAGCUCAGCUGGCUGCGGAUGCGUGAAGCCAUGCCGCGCUUCGCCCCGCUGCGCUUCCAGGGCAUUGUCCUCACCGGAUGGCAGAGGUAUGACCACUACUCAGUGCUAUGCGAGCUGCUUCCUGUCAGCAUCCCCUCCCUGGCCAUAUGCCUCCAGACCCUGGUGAACGGGGGAUUCACGGAAGAGACACGGAGGAAGGUGCUGGAGGUGCUGGGCUUCCAGAGCAUGCAGCUGGAGCAGAGCAUGUGUGAGGGAAGGGGAGUGUUCCCCGGGGCAGAAAUCUAUCACAUGGUAGAGCAGGUGAACAGACACCUGAAGGAGAGCAUCACCAAAAUGUUGGAGGAGGAGAGUGCCAUCAAGGGCUGGUUCAGCCCCUACCACCGCAAACACCAGUUUGGCAACCCUCGCAACAUGGAGAGCUUUGGCAGCAAGGUGCUCAAGCUCCAUGAGGACUGGGAGAGCUUUGUCCGGGACCUGCGUGCCCGCCUGGAGAGCAUCUACUUCCCUGACACGGUGGAGGAGUGGAUGGAGGAGAAUGUCAACCCCUACCUGGACCCUCUGCGGGACCUGGUCCGGGACUACCGUGCCAUCAUCCGCCUCAACGCCCAGCCCAAAGCACCCUAGGGGCUGUGUCUCCCCCAGGGCUGGGCAGUGGGGGCCAUGGGUAUGGUCUAUUUGCUGGUCUGCAGCACUCUUCUGUUCAAGGCAUGGUUGUGGUUUGUUUUGUACUGCACAAAGAGCCCCAGUGUGCCCAACUUCCCAAUAAAGUAUUUUCGUAGA